AUGGCGAUUCUUGUGUUCGGCUACACCGUUUUGUUGAGGAGUGUUCGGGCAAGACCGGUGGUGAAGAAUGCCAUGUGCUUCAAGGAAAGUCCGAAAGCUAUAAUUCAUGUACUCACCACCAUUAUCGGAUGCGUGGGAACAACGCACAAGAUCGAGGGAUGGGCACCGGGUGUCGACUAUUACACAUGGGUCACGUCAAGACACUUCCAAGUGGGUGACUCUCUCGUCUUCGAGUACAACAAGGAUUUCCAUGACGUGACAGAAGUUGCGAGUCCUUUAGCUUUCGAGUUCUGCGACCUCUCUUCCACCAUAGCAAGAUACAAAACCGGUUAUGACGUGGUUAACCUCACACGUCCUGGUCGUUACUACUACGUCUGCGGAGCUCCUGGUCACUGUCAAGCCGGACAGAGAUUUGACAUCCUAGUCACGUCUCCCCAAGUCGUGGAGAAGUCACCUUCUUCCUUCUCUCCUUCACCCUCCGCUCCUCUGCACAGCGCUGCCUCAAGCUCUCUAUUUUCUCGGCUCGGCCUCAUCUUUCUUUUCUUGGUUCUGUUACCAUUAUUUCUUGUUUGA